CAGGCCUCACGCCACCGCUGACGUGUACGGUAGAUUCAACCCUAUUUCCUCUUCUCGUCUCUCUUCUCGUCUCCCCCCGCGCUCCUCCGAUUUUUUUUUAACCCUUUUUUUUUUUUCUUUUGUUUUUUUCGUCUUUUUCCCUCUCCUCCUCCUCCUCCUCCUCCUCCUUUGAAGCGACAAAGGCGCUUCUGGGAAAAGCUGGCCCACCGUUAACGGAAAGCGCUUUCAAAUACGCUGCACAACUCCUCUCCACUUCCCAUCACUCUUUCACAGCUCUUCGUCAUCUCUUCUUCAUCUUCUUCUCUGUUUCUCUGGGGUUUUUUUUCUUUUCUUUUCUUUUCUUUUCUCUUCCUUGGAAUGAGACAUGGCCACGACGUCGAGAGGAGGGCUCGUGGCUCCGCCGCUCGAUCUUAAGAUGGUGUCGUCGAAGAGGGCCUACGUGGCGCCGCCGACGCCGCUCCACGUGGCGGACUUCCGUUGGCCGAGGCGUCGCUCGUGCGCGGUCACGUGCUGCGGCGCGGCGGAGAAGAGGAAGGAGAGCGCGAGGAGGGUGCGCGUGAAGGCCACGCCCCGGUUGCCCUUCCCGUCUCAUCGCUCUCAAAGGCUCUCCAAACAACAAAACUUUUAUCCCCGUUGCACUCCAAGGAAUUCUGCUCCUCAGUCCCGUGACACUCCGCCUAAGAGAGACACUGGUAUUGCUAGUGAGAAAGAUUGGGGAAUCAACUUACUAGAUGAAAGAGUGAGUGAAUCUGGCGUAAAUGAGGAUGGCAGUACAUGGUACAGAGAAAGCAGAGAAGAUCUGGGCGAGAAUGGAUAUAGGUGCCGCUGGGCAAGGAUGGGAGGCCAAAGUCACGAUGGUGCCUCAGAAUGGAAAGAAACUUGGUGGGAGAAAAGUGAUUGGAGCGGAUAUAAAGAGUUAGGCGCAGAAAAAUCCGGGAAGAAUGCUGAAGGAGAUUCAUGGUGGGAAACAUGGCAAGAAGUUUUGUACCAAGAUGAAUGGAGUAAUCUUGCAAGGAUAAGGAGGAGCGCAGAAAAACAAGCAAAAUCAGGCAAAGAAAAUGCUGGAUGGUACGAGAAAUGGUGGGAAAAGUAUGAUGCUAAAGGUUGGACAGAGAAAGGAGCUCAUAAGUAUGGGAGGCUGAAUGACCAGUCCUGGUGGGAGAAGUGGGGAGAACACUAUGAUGGAAGAGGCUACGUAGUCAAAUGGACAGAUAAAUGGGCAGAGACUAAAUUAGGCACCAGAUGGGGAGACAAAUGGGAGGAAAAGUUCUUUGCAGGAAUUGGUUCGCGGCAAGGGGAGACUUGGCAUGUAUCUCCUGCGGGUGAACGUUGGACAAGAACCUGGGGUGAGGAGCACUUUGGUAAUGGGAAAGUUCACAAAUAUGGUAAAAGCACGACAGGUGAAAGUUGGGACAUCGUUGUAGAAGAGGAGACCUAUUAUGAGGCCGAAGCUCACUAUGGAUGGGCGGAUGUCGUAGGAGACUCGACUCAGUUACUGUUGAUACAACCUCAGGAAGGGCCACCGGGAGAAUACCCGACCCUUGAUUUUGAUUCUUCGCUACCACAAACUGAAGAUCCACCUGACACACUGCCGGCAUCUCCACAAUAAAUUAUUGGAGGGAGUCCUAACUUUUUUCUUGGACUCUUUUGAGUUUUGCUUCAUGGACAUUGCGUUGUUGAAAAGACCAUGCUAUGUUCAUUCUUUCAGUCCAUUUGUUGAUUCAUUUUUUGUUGCUCCCUCAUUCUGAAUUUCUGAUUGAUCCGUUCGAUCUCUCUGACAGCAGAACAGCACGAAGCAGUAUGAAAAAUUAAAACUUCUAUAUCACAUUUUACAGCUUUCACUA